GCCUGUUCACAAAGGUCACCGUCAUAUCUAUAAAUGAUUGAGUGUUGACAGUCUUCAAGCCUGUCCUUGACACACCUCUCAGAAGGCCUUGGUCAUCAGUGGAGAAUACCGGUAUAUGCUUAGACGCUAGGGUAACAGGUAGCAUCUUCUUGAAUCUUGUCACUGACGACAUGAACACGUGAUUAAGUUGUCCGGUAACGUCAUGACACCAUUCUCCUGCUGCCAGGCGACGUGACUAUUUCCACGUGAUGUAGUUCCCAUUGAUGCAAUGCUGCCUGAUGGGACAGUACUGACAAAUCAAGCCACAGGGAAGCACCAUCAACCCUGAUCUCAGACAAUGUCCUCCACCAUCUUCUUCCUGCUCCUCGCGGGUCUCGCGAUGUCUGUCAUGGCGGACUACACCGGGAAGGUGCUGCUCGUCUCUAUGGACGGCUUCCGGUACGACUACCUGGACAUAGUGGACACCCCCAACUUUGACGACUUCGCCAGGCACGGCGUUAAGCUACCCUACAUGAACAACAGUUUCUUGACGAAGACGUUUCCCAACCAUUACACAAUGGUGACGGGUCUUCACGAGGAGAGUCAUGGCAUCAUAGAGAACCACAUGUACGACCCUGUAUUCAAUUCCAGCUUCUCCAUGAGGACUCACGAACCUCGCUGGUGGAAUGGGGGAGAACCGUUGUGGGUCACUGCCAAAAAUCAGGGUCUGAAGACCGGCACCUACUACUGGCCAGGCAGCGAGGUUGAGAUUCGACAUGUUCGCCCUGAUCACUGGCGUCCCUACAGCGAUGACACUCCGUACAAGGAGCGAGUGGAUACAGUCAUUGACUGGUUGAAGAACAAAGGAGUCAGUAUGGCCACCCUGUAUUAUCCGGAACCCGACCAUACUGGACACGUGAGUGGUCCAGAUUCCCAAGCGAUCAAAGACAAGGUCAAGUACAUGGAUAGUAUCCUUGGUUACCUCGUGCAGAAAAUGAAGGAUAAUGGCCUUGAGGACGAGGUCAAUGUCAUUGUUACCAGCGACCAUGGCAUGACUUCAAUCAGUAAUCAAAGGUCCCUUGACCUCCAGGACUAUUUGAACAAGGCUGACGUUGUCCGCAUACCGAGCGUUGGCCCCGUUGCUCACGUUCAACCAGUAGAAGGACGAGAGGACGCCGUCUUUGAAGCUCUUAGAAAUGUGUCCCACAUUACAGCGUACAGGAAGAAGGACAUCCCGGACCACUUUCACUAUAAGAACAACCGAAGGAUCAUGCCAAUUGUCCUUAUAGCAGAUGAGGGGUGGAUGAUCUAUGACACAGUAAACAAGAAAAGUGAACUUAACGGCACACAUGGCUACGACAACAGACUGAUGACCAUGAAGCCUAUUUUCCUGGCAAAAGGACCCAACUUCAAGACCAACUUCACAUCCGAUCCGAUCCGGAAUGUCGACAUCUACCCUCUUGUUUGUAAACUGCUCAAAAUAAAUCCAGCGCCGAACAACGGAAGUCUGGCCCGUGUCAAUGCCUUCAUCCUAGAAACGCCUCCAGUUGCCGGGUCUCCAAUCAAUGCACCAGUACUGCUUUUUGAAUGUUUGCUUGUAUUCACAGUCGUGGCCAACUACAUAUUGUAGACAUGACACUUUCUUGGAACAAUUUCACCAAGAUUCGAUCAGAUUUAAUUGGAAUCUACGACAUUAAACGAUAAUGUAUUCCAAAUUGUAAAGUGGAUUUCAGAGGAUUAAAACAUGUAUGUAUAUUUAGGGACCGUUCAGUGCAAAAUAAGUGAUCCCCCCUGCACGUCAUGUACAAAAUCAAUGACCCCCCUCCCGUUCCCAUAAUUUCUAAGCAUAAUUUUUAACAUAGAUUUAUGUACAAAAUUGCUGCCCAUCCUAAUACGUGUGUAUACAAAAUUGAUGCCCCCCCUAGCUACCCAGAACAAAAUGGGUGGGAACACACACACACACACACACACACACACACCCCCCUAAAAUCAUCAUCACCCCCCCCUAGCCAUAAAUUAUGAACGGUCCCUUACCGGGUCAAAUUUUUCACUCUUGAAUAUCCGAACUACCAACUUUAUACUACCGAACUUCCUGUGCCCGGGCUGUGACGUCACUUCCGCUGGCCCCAUAGUUUAUAACUUAGACAGUCGACAUGACUCACCGCUUUGUUCCAGUACGUCAGUUUGUAAAACUAAGAUGGAAAUGUAGUGUGUUUGUUUCAAUAUGUUACGUUGUAAUGUGUUGUAUGUGAUUCCCGUGUAGCCGGAAAUCGAUGAAAAUGUUAGUGAUGUAUUUGAUUCGGAUGUCACGGUCGAUAUACAGACCAGUUAUAUUCGGACACUUGAGGUAACUUCCAUACACUUACAUGUUAAUUUAGUGUAGCAUGAAUAGUUUUCAUGAAUUCAAUUUUCGUAUGAUCCAAGUCAAAUUUUCACAUUUGUGAGGAAUCAUCUUACCUACAAUCCCGUAAUUUCUGUUUAACUUCCCCUUUGCUUAUUUAUCGAAUGGCAACAAUUUAAUAAACAUAUGUACAGUGCCGUGAACUCCUUUAACAUGGCGGCCUAUGGGGUUGUGCAUUGUGGAGCUAUACGUAAGUUUGUAAAUGUGAUGUCAUUAGUUAAAUAGUGGUCGGAAAAUUGAAUUGAAACUGUGUGCGCAGAGCAGAGAUGAUUUCAAAUCUGCCUGUCAAAUUUUACAAAGAUCUAUCCUAAACUCACUUCAUGAAAAUUAUUUAUGCUACACUGAAAUAACAUGUAAGUCUAUGGAUAUGACGUCAAGUGUCCGAAUAUAUAUGGCACGAGUCGGUAGGAUGCACCAUGUCUAUGAGUGUCUGACACGAGAUAUAUUGUCUUCAGAUUGGUGUGUUACGUACAAGGUAGCGAAACAUGAUAUGUUUUAGACAACUCGAAUGUUCAAGUGUAUACCUUCCUUUACCGUGGGUAUAUAUAUAUACUUCACCCUGAAGAUAAAAGUGAAACAUGUUGGAGAAGAUCCGUGUCGUGUGAUUAUUUCAGAAUCUUCUUAUAUAUAUAUAUAUAUAUAUAUAUAUAUAUAUAUAUAUAUAUAUAUAUAUAGGCACUACAAGAGUCGAAAGCUAUAUGAACCAUGAGAGGUAGUGUCCGAGAACAGGUGCUCUGACGUCAUCAACGCCAUUCAUGUGGUCACUGGCCUUCCUUGUACUCACGUAAUGAUUUCUUUAUUGAAUCUUAUCUAAUUGUCUAGUGGAUUAAUUUAUUUGAUUGACGUAGAAAUCUCUCCGGGUACAUUCAAACUCCUUACUCAGACAUCUCUAUCCAAGACUGUUGUGUGGACAGGAUAAUCAAUUUAGCAUGACCAAUGAUAUCCACUCAUUUGGAGUAGGAAGGAUUCCUAGAAGUCAGGAUACCGCAAGUACCGCAAUACUUUGUUCAUGAUGCAGUAUAGGGUUCACAAUACAUUAUUUUAGUGUCAAUGUGCGUUCAUUUUCUAUGCAAUAUAUGUAGUCUACAGCUGCUCUACUGUAUACAAUUAUUUUAUGUGAACAGCACCAAUAUACGAUCAGACUGAUUAAAAUAACUGAAGAAUACAUGCAAGUCGGCAAGUAACAUUACAUCACUGGUAACCUAGCAAAAAAUCGGCCUGAAAUUUGACCAUGCUCAAUGCUGAAUUCAAUGACGUUUUCAAAUCACUUUGUGUUAUGACAAGUCGGCAAGUAACAUUACAUUCAGUUUAAAUCAAAGUUUCAUUCCGUCAGGACGGUUGAUCAGUAUGACCUGCUACGUUAAUUAGUCUCUAAAUAAAUGUAUUGUGUACUGUCUGGCUGAGAUUAUUAUCGCGGUGCAGCGCGUGUUGUUGAAUCAUUUCAGUGAAUUCACUUCAUAUGAAUAAACUAUAUGUUAUAUCA